AUGUCUACGUUUGAAGAGCUCACCAGUGGUACAAGUGCAGCUGCAAAAAGGGUAACAGAUUUUUUUACAGCAGUGCACGACACAUUUUCUCCUAUACCAUUGACAUCUUUUGUGGAAACACCAAGUUUGGCAAACCAAAAGUCGACUUUUCCCCUCGCAACAUCAGGGAAAAGAGAGUUAGCUGAUUCUGUUGGGCACAAAUGGAAACUAUUAGGAAUCGUCGAAGAUACAGAAAAUGGCCAUCAAAAAUAUCAUCGUGAAUUGGAACUUUUUUUGAAGCCGCAAAAUUCGCAUUUGACGCAGCCAAAUAUUUAUUCUGUGGCUCGCAGUGAAAUGAAGAAGGCCGAAGAUUAUAAUGUUGGCAAAUCUAUUGUUCGCGCAGCAGAUAACAUUCUUCGUCAGUCAUUGGAUUUACGUUUAGAAGAUCACAGUGUCAUAGGAGUAAUUGGUUUUGGUAAGAUUGGUACUAGUAUUGCAAUGCACUUGAGACAACAACAUAUUGGUAAAGUAAUGAUAUACGAUGUCAAUCCAACUAUCAUGAUUCGUGCUCUCGCACAUGAUUUUGUUAUAUGUACUAAAGAACAAAUGUUGCAACAAGCUUCAUUUAUUUUCUGUGCUACAGGUAAUAAAUCUCUUACAUACAAUGAUCUGCUUACUGUCGGUACCGAUAUUAAAAGUGUUAUAAUCGCUUCGUGCACAUCGGCUGACGAUGAAUUAGAUCUACACGAAGGUUUGAAACAACAUAAGAACGACAGUCCAGAUCCCGGUAGUUUCUCUCGUUAUACAUUACCACGUCUAAAUCGAGAGCCUAUUCAAAUCAUUUUACUUUGCGAUGGCAAUGCUACUAAUUUUUUUCAUCGAGCUGUGCUUGGCGAAUCUAUUCGUUCUGUCCAAGCCGCUAUGGUAGUGUGCGCACUGAAUCUGCAACGAUUGGCUGUCAAAAAAGAAAGAAAACAAGGAAUUAUGACGCUUACCAAUGAAGAAGAAAUGACUAUAGCGCGACUGUGGCUACAAUAUUUUCCUGAAUUAGAUGUGUAUAACAUCAGUAAUAUUCCUAGCGCUUAUACGAAGUUUGACAUUCGUCCUUUACAAGAUGCUUAUGGUGAUUUACCAGUUGAUCAUAAAACUAUCAUAGAAUUUAAGAAGCAGUUGGGAUUGUUGAAGUCUGAAAAUACGGAUUCCAUUGAUUUUAUGGAUUCAACUAAGAAACUUAUCAUUACAGCUCCAUGCGGUUCAGGCAAGACAGCAGUUUUAUUAUCUUUGAUUCGAGAUGUACGCAAUCAUUAUGAUUUUAUGUGGUGGUUGGAUUGUAAUGAAUCACUGAUCAGCACAUUCUUUUAUUUGGCUCAAAUCUUUUGUAUUCCUUCCACUGAACGUUCCAUGGAUGAACUAGAAGAAGUUGUGCUUAAGGAAAUGUUAUCAACUUCAAAAAUUAACAAUAUCUUAUUGGUCGUUGAUAAUGUGCAAGAAUUUGAUGAGCGAACUUCCUCUGAACUAACGAUCUAUCCAGCCAAUACUAUAACAAGUACAACAUCCGGUAGUUCUAUUGAGCCAAGUCAGUUUCGAUGCCACAAACUUUUAUCACUCUUGAGUAACGCUAUAGCAAAUCCCGAAGUGCGCCGUCAACGAAGAUGCCACAUUGUAGCAUUACAAACAAAUGAUAGUGUAAAUCAACCGAGUUCAUUUCAACCGGUCCCAACGCCAGGUAACGAAUAUGAUAAAGAUUGCUGGCUGUAUAUCCAUUUGCAAAACAUUAUAAUGACAGAGGCCGAAACGUGGAUCAUGGGAAAGAUAGUAUCCGAUGCUUCGCUAGAUUUUCGCACAAAACGAGAAGAACUCAUUCGCAAAAUUGUAAAAAAUGACGUGCGUCGAUUAACAAUACGAUUAACAGCAUUAUUAUUAACAUCGGAGAAAAUUACAGAUCAAGACUUAACGUCAAUUAAUAAUGCCGUCAAACAAGCAUCUUCGUCUGAAACAGAUGACUUACUUUCGCUCUUGAUUAAACUAUCCUUAACCAAACUAAAUGAACGCUAUCCAUCAUUUUAUACCUGUGUACAAGUUUUUAGUUUGAUUCACGCUGGUAGUAUAAGUUAUAAGAUAUUCCAGGAUCUUUACAACAUAUUAUUGAAAAACGAAAAAGACACAAUUAGUUCGUACAUACGCGAUCAAAAUGCUAAAAAAUUUUCUGAAGAUCUGCUAACAGUACUAAUAAGACAUUGUAUCUUAAAACAAAAUAUAUUAGUUCCAAACAUACAUACAUACGACAGCCAAAAUCGUAAAUUCUGCAAUUACGUAGAAGCUUACAGUAUGCCAAGUACAUAUGUUAAAGCGCUAAACAAACCGUUACUAAAUAAUACAACAUCAUCUGCUUGGAAAUACGUCAUGACACUAAUUGAACAAGGUUUUAACUAUAAUUAUUAUAACGACGAGCGAUUAAAUGAGCAUAACAUCGUUUAUUAUCUUGAUCAUGCAACUACUAUAAUCAAGCACACGAAAGAUUGGAACGGCAAAGAAACAUACGCUGAUAUACUUGUCGAACUGUUAUGCCGUUUAGGUUCAUACAAUCUCAACGAACGCCGUAUGUAUUCAGAAGCAAGUAAACUAUACGAGAAGGCGAGUCAAAUGCUCGAGGAAAGUCAAAAUGAAGAUCGACCGAAUACAAAAUGGAGUGCAACUUUGAUGUGGUACAUUUGUAAACAGCUGAAUGAUGAUCAAGACUUGAAGGAGGCCAACGGGUACAUUUCGAAAAUCGAAGAUGUUAGAAAACAAUUACAAGAGAUAUCGAAUUCAACCUCACAAAAAGAAACUAGUUUUUCAAAACGAUACGAAUUCGAAGCCAUUAUUGGUAUGGAGCGCAUUCGAGUACAACAAGCUCAAGAUGAACGCAUUUAUGCCGAAGAUCGGAAAAACUUAUUAGAAAAUACUGUUAAAAUACUCGAAGACAUUCGGGAUAAGACAAGUAUGGGAACUCGUACGCGUUCAUUAUUACUUCAAAUCCUCGGAAGCGCAUACAGUUUACUGAAAAAUCAUACAAAGGCAGAGAAAUGUGUCACACAAGCUUUGAAGGAUCUUACAAAAAUAUUACCACCGGAACACUUAGAUAUAGCGCGAGUAAAAUUUCGUCUCGCAUACUUUCUUGUAGAAGAGAUUACAACAAGAGCCAGUAAAGAACAAAACAAUCAGCAUGCUGAUAUCAAUCGUAAACUAGAAAAAGCCGAAGAUCUACUCGAAGCAGCAUUCAAAGUACAAAAGACAAAAUUAUCCAAUAAACAUAAAGAUCUCAUCGAUUCCGACAAGUUGCGACAGCGGAUAAACGAACUCUCUAAGAAAUUAAACUCUUCAGUGUCUAGUAGUCAAUGA